CUUGUAUGGAAAGGCAGUAGAACAUGAUCAUCAUCAACAGAGGGGGGCUCAGGCAAAGUGAUCUAGACAAGAGCUGUCUGAGAAGCGCUUUUCAUUACGGAGAGGAGAAGAUAGAACACCGUCCUCUCGUGCAGGAAAACAACACCCUAAAUGACCACACCUCGUCAAUCAAUUAAAAAACUAAAAUCUCUGGAAACAGAAAAAGGAAACAACUGAGGGCUGUUCGAAAGUAGCACUGAUGGCGGCUGAUCAGAUUAGCUAGUGUAACCCAGACUGUUAUCUGGCUAAGUGUGACUACACAGCUGUGGACUUACACUGUAUCCCUUUAUAAUAUAUUAUCCUGGAUCAGAGCUCUAUUCGUGGGUUGUAAAUUCUGUAAAGCAAUGGAAUCCUACAGCAUAGCCGUCUUUUUGAUCGUACUUUUAUCAUCGCUAAUGAAUCUUUCUUCAGCAGAGUUUCCUACUCCAGCAACGGUAAAGACAUGGGUGGAUAAGAUGCAGGAGGACCUUGUCACAUUGGCCCGUACAGCAAGUGGAGUUGACCAGCUAGGCGCGGUAUUUUUGAAAAACAGGGAUUCCUAUACAGUGGAAAUGAAUAAUGCUCAACAGUUGGUGGAAAGUGCAGCCUGGAAUAUAGAAAAACUACUGCUGAACAGAUCAAUGGCUUUGGAGACCCUUGCGACAGCGGCUGAGAAUUUCCAGAUGGAACACCAGUGGAAAAAUGAGUUUGGGGAAAAUGAGACAAUGUACUACAAUGCAAAAGAUAACUUAGACUCUGAUUCUAAUGAGACUGGGCGAAUCAAGCCAGAAUUCGUAGAAGACCCUUCCUUCAAACGGCGUAUUAACUACAACUACACUGCCGUCCAUAUCCCCACUGACAUCUAUGAAGGCUCCACUAUAGUGUUAAACGAACUGAACUGGACUGCAGCAUUGGAAGAUGUUUUUAAGAAGAACCGUGAUGAAGAUCCCACGUUACUGUGGCAGGUGUUCGGCAGUGCAACUGGUUUGGCACGAUAUUACCCAGCCUCUCCAUGGAUGGAUUCUUCAAAAACGCCGAAUAAAAUUGACCUAUACGAUGUUCGCCGGCGACCGUGGUACAUUCAGGGAGCUGCCUCACCUAAAGACAUGCUGAUUCUGGUGGAUGUGAGUGGAAGUGUUUCUGGCCUGACGCUCAGGUUGAUCCGGACGUCGGUCUCUGAGAUGUUGGAAACACUUUCUGAUGACGACUAUGUGAAUGUAGUUUCUUUCAACAACGAUGCCAAGAAUGUCAGUUGUUUCACCCAUCUUGUCCAAGCCAAUGUCCGCAAUAAGAAGGUGCUGAAAGAUGCAGUUCAUGAGAUCUUAGCGAAGGGAAUCACAGAUUACAAAAAGGGCUUCAGCUUUGCCUUUGAGCAGCUGUCAAAUUUUAAUGUCUCUCGAGCCAACUGCAACAAGAUCAUCAUGCUGUUCACUGACGGAGGGGAAGAGCGAGCUCAGGAGAUCUUUGAGAAAUACAACCCAGAAAAGAAGGUCCGUGUAUUUACAUUCUCUGUUGGUCAACACAACUAUGAUAAAGGCCCAAUUCAGUGGAUGGCCUGUGCCAAUAAAGGUCACUAUUACGAAAUUCCAUCCAUUGGAGCCAUAAGGAUCAACACUCAGGAGUACCUUGACGUGUUGGGAAGACCAAUGGUGUUGGCUGAUAAGAGGGCCAAACAAGUACAAUGGACAAAUGUGUACUUGGAUGCACUGGAACUUGGUCUUGUUAUCACAGGAACACUGCCAGUCUUCAACAAAACCAAAGAGCUCAAGUCAAAUGAGAAAGGUGCUGUUCCAAGACAGAAUCAGCUGAUUCUUGGAGUUAUGGCAAUCGACGUGUCUCUUGAGGACAUUAAGAGGCUCACACCUCGCUUUACAAUUGGCCCAAAUGGUUACUAUUUUGCAAUCGACCCCAAUGGCUAUGUUUUGCUCCAUCCUAACCUUCAACCAAAGACGAUUGGUGUAGGCAUCCCAAAGAUUUAUACGGGAAAACGGAAGCCUGUUUUCCAGAAUCCCAAAUUCCAGGAGCCUGUUACAUUGGAUUUUCUGGAUGCUGAACUGGAGAAUGAUGUCAAAGUGGAGAUUCGACGGAAAAUGAUUGAUGGAGAAAAAGGAGAGAUUAAAAUAAAUACACUGGUGAAGUCUCAGGAUGAGAGGUAUAUUGACAAGGGAGUCAGAACAUACACCUGGACCCCAGUGAAUGGCACAGAUUACAGCCUGGCAUUGGUAUUACCGUCCUACAGUGCUUACUAUAUUAAGGCAAAAAUUGAAGACACAAUCACACAGGCCAGAUCCAAAAAGAGCAAACUGAAGGUAUCCGAAACCCUGCAACUUGAUCACUUUGAAGAAUAUGGUUACACAUCAAUUGCACCAAGGGAAUACUGCAAGGACUUGAAACUGUCAAGCAACAAGACCCAAUUUCUCUUGGAAUUCAUUGAUUUUAUUGACAGGAAGUCACCCAGUCAUCAAUCUUGCAACGCUACACUUGUUAACCGACUCUUACUUGAUGCUGGCUUUUCAAAUGAAUUGGUGCAGUACUGGAAAAAGCAAUCUCCCCAAGGAGUUCUUGCCAGGUUUGUCGCUACUGAUGGUGGAAUUACAAGAAUUUACCCAAAAAGUGCUGGGGAGGAUUGGACAGAAGAUGCAGAAACAUAUGAAGCAAGCUUUUACAAGAGGAGCCUGGAUAAUCAAUUUUAUAUCUUCACUGCACCAUACUUCAACAAUUCAGAAAUUGGUGUGAGUGGGUUUGAUUCUGGUAUAAUGGUGAGCAGAGCAGUUGAAAUUACAGUGGAUGGGAAACUAUUAAAACCUGCUGUUGUUGGAGUAAAGAUUAAUGUCACUACCUGGAUGGAGAACUUCACAAAAGCCACAAUGAGGACAGAUUGCACGAGUGAGAUAUGUGACUGUGAGAAAAACAACAAGUAUGUAGACUGUGUGAUUCUGGAUGAUGGUGGAUUCCUCUUGAUGUCUAAUCAGGAUGAGUAUAUCUCACAGAUUGGCAGGUUCUUUGGAGAGAUUGACCCCAGUUUCAUGAGGAACCUUAUAGAAGUGCCUCUGUAUUCAUUUAAUAAGUCUUACGAUUACCAGUCUGUGUGUGAUCCAGAGAGAGAUACCAAGGCUGCAGCUGGUCUACGUUCUGUCUUUGUGCCUACAAUAGCAGAUAUUUUAAACAUUGGCUGGUGGGCUUCUGCAGCUGCAUGGUCAAUAUUGCAGCAGUUAUUUUUAAGCCUUACUUUCCCAAAUUUUCUAGAAGCAGCUGACAUUGAAGAAGAGAUAGCAGCUCUGUCAAAGAAAAGCUGUAUUACCGAGCAGACUCAAUAUUUCUUUUCCAAUAAUGUGAAAUCAUUUGAUGGGGUCCUAGACUGUGGAAACUGUUCCAGAAUAUACCACGCAGAAAAGCUGGCAAACACAAACUUAGUAUUUCUGAUUGUUGACAGCAAAGUGACCUGUCUGGCCUGUGACUCAAAACCAUUGAUUCAAGCAGAACAGCCAUCUGAAGGACCAAACCCUUGUGAGUUAGCUCAGAACCCUAGGCAUAGGAAAGGACCUGAAGUCUGUUUUGACAAUGAUGACAAUGAUGAGCCUAUAUGCACAACAAGUCGUGCCUCUGCCAUGGUGUCAACUCCUCUCUUCAUUUUACUGCAAGUUUUCAUGUGGUGUAAAGGGAGGAUGAUUCUGACUGUGGUGGGGUCUCUGGUUUGAGCCCAUCACUGUGGUCCAUGAUUGGAAUCCAACUUGUGCUGCUUUGGCUUCUAACUGGAUCAAGACAUUACCCGUCAUGACCCCAGAAAUAAAGGCCAAGCCCCUUUCUGCAUACAUUUCAAGAUCCUGCCAAAUUUUGUUUCCGAAAUUUUAUGUUGACAGGGGUUGAUGAAAACAAAAGAUAAAAAUGACCCAGUAAGUAGAAGACUGAUCAUGUCCAUACCCUGGAGUAAUUUUGCCUGGGAAAGCCACUGACCUUUCAAUGAAGAAGAACAUUGAACGUUACUCCAUCUGAAGCUGAAUGCCCCCACAAAGGCAGAAGUAUGGACUGUCUGAUCUUUUGAAGGAAACUUUUGGGGAAAGCUACUUCAUUUAUGCUGUGGUUUCUCGGUGUGCUUCUUUUUCAAAAUAAAAAUAGUAGUAUAAUAUAUAUUUUAAAAAAAUCCAGACUUUUAAAAAUGCAUAAAGACUUAAAGUGCUGCCCCUAGUAACUGUUUUGUUAGUAUUUUUGCUGAAUGUUAAUUUAGGGUUCUGAAGGCUAGCAAUUGGUUACAAGCUAUUGUAAAGUGUACAAAUAAGCACAGCAGAUUUCUCUUCUAAAAUAAAAAGGAGCAUAAACCCCAUUUCAGAGAGUUUACAAACACAGACUAAGAGUGGUGAUGGUUCCACACUUAAAGCAGCAUCAGUGAUGAAUUAAUGUAUACUUUACCUGUUAUGAAAAACAAACAUAAAGUUCAAAUACAAAUAAACCCAUAAGCAAUGCAUCAACAUUUGGGGUAGAUUUACUAAGAUAUGUUCUUGCAGAGACAGAGUUUAUUUAUUUAUGAGUCAUGUUUACUAAAUGGUGUUUGCCUAAAAUGUAUUAAACAAGACAGUGUUGAGUGUAUCUGCAACACUUUUCCAAAGACUGAAAAGCUCUCAUGCAUAUGGUAAUUUGGCACAACCCUUUCAAGAUCACAAGCAUUUGAAUCCCAACUUAUAUUUCGAUUGUAAUUUUUUUUUUUAAAUGUAUAUUUUUUACCAGCAUUUUAACUUAAAUAUAAUUCCUUCAAGUUUACUAAUAAACAGUCAAGAAUGUUCAACUGUUAAGGGGCUUCUUGUGGUUACAAAUAUAAUUACAGUCAGCAUUUCUGAUCAGAUAAAUUGGUAAGGAUUUGUAUUUUUUUACAACACUGGAAAUAUGAAUUCUAAAUGGAAAUAUGCAUUUUCUUCAAUUUGGUGGGGGAGAUAGUGAAGACUGAAAUGCACAUCUUGUAUGGUGUCUUUCUUUUUAUUGAUAAGUUUUGCUUCCAUAAUGCAAAUAAUCUAGUCAAUCUACCCCUUAAUCUUGCAGUUCAUUUCCUUGAAAACCUCAAACAACAUAUCAGAUUUAUUCUUUUAAUUUAUUUUUGCUUACCAUUCUCUUCAUAAACAUUGUUAUUGACAAACAGAAUUGUAUUUAGUUUUUUUGACGUGCACUUUUUGAUUAGCUGGUGAGCCACUACUAUAAUUACAAAGCCUCUUUCUGCUUAUGUUUUUUCAGGUCACCUAAGCAGUUAAGACUUUCUCAUGUCUUGUUUAUUCAUGCCAAAGGGAAUCAAUCCACCGCCCAUUCAAUCAUACUGUAACACAUCCAUUUAAUUGCAAUGUGAUACAUAUACUUAGAGCUGACCAGAACCUUUUUAUCAUUCUAAAAGCUUGUGAAUGAAAAUGUAUUUUUGUGUAAAUGGCUUUUUGGUUACCAAGGGUACGUGUGCAUGAUGCUGCUGUUUGUUUAUUUUUGAUUUGUAUCUAUUCUGUUUGAUUGUAGAGUGUUUUGUCUUGCAAAAGGCAACUGAGUGGUUAGUGUUGUGUGAAAAUGGAACAGUACAAUGUAACUCAUUCAGUCCUAAACAUCUGUUGUGUACCUGAAUAUAUUGUGCUAUAAACAGGCUAAAAGAAAACAAUAUUGUUGGUAAGAUUUGCCCUUUAUUUAAUUUGAUUGAAUUUGGUGCACCAUCAUUUUUAUAUCAACUGCUUGUGUUCAGUGACUUAAAUGAUGUAUAUGAAAACCCUACUAUUUGCAAAAAGUAUUUAUGACAAUCUUUUUAAAUUUCGAUCAAAUUAUCAUUUUUGGUCCUGUGUAACAUUAGUUACUAGUUACUGAAAAAGUUAUUGAAAAAUGUUUCAAAUUAAAAUAAAAGGAAUUUGUACAGUCACCCUUGCUCACCCUUUAUAGCUGAACUCUAAAUAAAAGCAAGUGAUUAUAUAUUGAAAAAUAUAACCCGCACUUUGCCAUUGUUGAUAGUACAGGAUGCCCAUUUUCAUUUUGCCACCAUACAAUGCUUUUUUGUAAUCGUUUUAUCUCAACAAAUAAUUAUGCUUUUACAAAUUCAAAUGUGUUUUUACUGAUAUUGCAACAGGUAGACACAAAACUGCAGCCAGUUAACAAAAUUGUGAUAUCAAAUAUAUAGGUGCAUUAGCUACAUAAAAGACACUUCAGUUGAUCCAAACAGACAGUGAGUGGGACAAUAUUUAGAUCUGCAACUCGUAGAUCAAGGAUGGUCAACUCCAAUCCUGUAAGGCUAUUCUACUCCAAAUAAUGAAUCCAAAUAACAACCAUUCUAAACUAUAGAGUCGCCAUAAACUUUGAUUUAAUUAAGGCCUUUGAGACCUAGAAGGAGGUUUAAUUAGUUCAGUUAGACAAUUAAGAACAUGGUUGGGUCAAAUACCUGGUCUGGAAAGACUUGCCGAUCCCUGGUUUAAAUCAACUAAAUAUAUAACCCAUUAUUUACUUCAACACAACCUUCCCAAUCACAGAACUAAGUGAUUGGAAAUACACUUAGUAACUGUGUUAAAAUGUUAACCGCUGUAUAGGCUAGUUGUGUACUUCCAAAUUCAAAUUACUGCCAAUGCAAGUUCCGUUGCGCUUAUUCUAGAAUCUUGAAAACUUAGAAUUUUGAAACUCACUUUGAACUUUAAAAUGUUGAAUCCACAUAAAAAAAGUAUAGUAAUUAUGACGUUUUCUAAAGUAUUCUUAAGUACAUUGAAUGUUCUUAAAAUAUAAGACUGUUACAUAUAAUAAUAAUAAUAAUAAUAAUAAUAAUAAUAAUAAUAAUAAUAAUAAUAAUAAUAAUAAUAAUAAUGAUGAUGAUGAAGGGCUAGAUUUUUCAUCUGUCACAAAUUGACUGAAAGUUAUUACUAUUAUUAUUGUUGUUAUUAUUAUUGAUGCCGUGUUCUAAGGAAAGAUGUUUUCAUUGGACUCACAGUUGUGUAAAUCAAUGUCCAUGCAUGAGAAUGCCAUCUUCAAUGAUAAAUACCAGUAAAACUGAGACCCAAAACAGAAGUGUGUGAUUUUUUUUUUUUUUUUUUAUUGGAAUAGGUGUUUUGUACACAAUGUUUAAAUGGUUAAAACAAUUAUUUAUUUUAGGAUGUUUCUUCAGCUGUGUAGGAAGAAAAGUAAACACUUUAAAAAAAAAAUCAGUAAAACAAUCAGUGGAUGAUGUCAUGAUUGUCAGAAUAGAAUGUUCAUUCCAAGAGGUUCCAAAGUUCCCAGUUUGAAGAUAAACUCACGUUCAUUUUGUUUCAAGGAGGAGCAUUUGUUCCAUAGCACUGACUGAUCCCACAGAUGGUGAUGUCUUCAGCAGUGUGAUUAGCAUUGUUGAAAUGUCAGGCUACUGGACAUGUCAAGGUGUUGAUUUGAAUGCUUCGUAAAUGUUCCACAAAACGGUCUGCUAAAUGCCUUUUAGUUUUCCCAAUGUACAGUUUGUUGCAUUUCUUGCAGAUAAUGCUGUAUAUGACUCCUCCAGAGGUGCAUGUAAAAGGUUCAUGGAUGUUGAAUGAUGAUUUUGCGCCUCUCAUCUCAGUUUGGGUGAUAAUGUACCGGUAUUUACAGGUAGUACAUUGUGGUCUUUUGCAUGGAAUUGUGCCUUUUAAAAGUUCUCCAGAAGGACGAAUCUCAUCUGUGGAUUACCUAUUCUAUAUUAAAUAUAUAAACCUCAAAAUUACAAACAUCACACUUCCAAACUGAUUGGCCAUCUAUCACUUGAAUCUAGAACCAGGGUUUACAAAGUGUUUGGUUUUUGUAUUAUUCCACAUUUCAACAAUAUUCUGGUAUCUUGCCCUAUUAAAAUAUUCUUCAUGAAGAAAUUAAAGUUGGACCAUGGUUCACCCAUGGAAUACCAGUUCUCAGCCAUGCAUCGUGACAGGUGAUGCAAACUGACUGAUUGACACACUUGGCUGCUUAUUUAAAUUAUAUUUCUGCAUACAGUAGAUCAAAUAGAAGUCAGUCCUUUUCAUUUGUUGUUUCACAUGCAUCAAUAAACAAUGGAAAGGACACCGUAAAAAUAUGCUAAUGUUUUUUAGGCUUUCUAGAAUAAAUAUUUUGGUCUUCCUUUUCCCAGAAAUGAUAUAUUGAAAUAAUCCAUUAAAUAUGUAUACAUAGGGUAUCAGUGGUCUAUAGUCUGUAGGGGGUAAUGCAAAUAUUAUUUUGUUCAUUGGCUGUUAUAAAGAGUGUAAUUCAAACUUUUAAAAUACCUGUCCAUUCCACCUCCCUGUACUGUAAGAUGUUAGUCAUUAUAUAUAUAUAUAUAUAUAUAUAUAUAUAUAUAUAUAUAUAUAUAUAUAUAUAUAUAUAUAUAUAUUCACCAUCAUCAUUUGCUUUUCUAAAAGUUAGUGUUAAGUGUCAUACAUUUUGAAACGUGUGGCACGGUGGCACAUUAUUUAAAUCAGAGGUGGAUUACAUUUGCAUUUUUCCCCCUUGCUGCAUGGCGUUUUCAUCAGUGGAAGGAAAUGAGAAAAUAUUAUGUAUACUUCCAUGUACUAUUUCAUUUGAUGCCUUGUAACAUAGUUCACAUAAUAUGAAAGCCUUUGUUUUUUAAACUACCAAAUCAGCACCACUGCCGUUUUUCUUAGAGACUAUUUUAUUUUUAGCCAGGUACCAGUACUGUAAAAAAAAAAAAAGGCACAAUUUGUAAGUCAGUUGAUUUAGAAACAGUGUAAAGUAAUAGCUAAUCACAACACUGAUUUAAUGUAAGUUUUUUCAUGUUUUUCACUCAAUAUAGCUAAAAUAACAAUAAGAAGAAGAAUCAUCAUAACUUGAUAUAAUACUUUCUGCAAAGUGUUAAAUAGAAACUAUGAUGAUGAGUUUUUAACCAAACAAAAACAUACCGAAUAACAGAAAAUAAGUAACUUAUUCUUUUGAUGGUACUAUACUAUAUUUGUUUAUUUUGUGGAAAAGCAAGACUUAAAAGCGCAUGCUCUCGCUUUGGGAACAGCUAUUUCAAUGUGAUUGGAAGUAAAUGUGAUGCUGUCAAUGGUCUCUGUGCAGAUGGUCUGGAUCAUGCUUUUUUUCUGGACUGUUUUCUUGGGAUUGCUUGAUGUGUGUUUUAUCUGAAGGCCCCUUAACUGUAAUUAGCAGCACUCUAACAAGCCUCUCUUUCAAUCUGCCUUGAUUGUGCUUUAUUAUAUUACAGUUCUGUGGAACUUGACAAGCCUGGAAUACAUUGUGUAUACAUUUGUAUAAUAAUGUUAUUAAAACAAAACAAAAAAUGUCUAUAAUCUUAGAAAUGUUGUCUUAAUUCUAGUGCAAAUACAGUAUAUUCGGAAUAAAAGUUUAUCAUUA